CCUUGUAGGAGGGUAGAGAUUUACGGGAAAUUACCAGGUACUUGAUAUAAUAUUCGAAAAAGUGAAAUUAAUCAAGGAGACAUAAGAUAAACUACCAUUUUUUCUUUUGCUUAAGACGUGUUCAAGUUUCAUUACGGAUACCAUGACCCAUGCAGCUAGAGGCCAGGACACUUACAGAGGCAUUUGAAGUCCAUGCUUCUUACUAGCAAAUACCCAGUUUGUGGUAUGGAGAAUAGUUGGUAAAAUUAAGAGCUGCCAGGCCCUCCUGUUCUCCUUGUAAAUUUUUCCACGAUCUCCUUCUCACAUGACGACGGUGCCCACAAUUGUUGUCACUCAUACCAUAUGCGCAUCCAAAGCUUUUAAACUAAAGAUCAUUUAGACGUGUUUCAGCUUUUGGUCCUUAAAUCGUUUGGUUACUCUUUCUGAAGAUUUUAAAAAUUACAGCGGAUUCUUUUUUCCUACCAGCCUAAUGAUUUUUGCUUGUACUCGAACUCGCUUUUAGUGUAAACUGUUUUAACGUUGUUUAAUCCAUACGCGUAAGCUCACAUGAUUUUCCUUAGAUGUCAUACAAUGUUAAUGAUAUGCAUAAGUUUAAUUUCUACACCUUUCAUGAGCUCGGUUUUGUAAAUCCUUAAUACUGAGAGUAAAGUUGUAAAAAUUAAAAUGUGUGGAAUCCACCGUCAUAACGUUACUAUCCGCCUUCAUUUUAAUAUUCGACUUUCUACAGUACUCACCCAUUAAUUGUCAUUCACUAUUUUUUGUUCCCCCAUUGCAAAUUUAGAUAUCUGUUUUAACUGAUACAGCCCCUUAAGAAAGCAUUUAAACUGCAAUAAACAUGUUUUACCUUCCAUCUUUAGUUUGUAAAUUUCCGAGUGAUGUCUUCCUAUGUCAGAGAAAUGUGAUAGCAAAUGUCUAUUUAUGUCCUUAUUAUAUGGUGGUCCCUCAAGGCUAGUAAGAUGAAGGGAGUCUUAUGUUUUGAUUGGCUACCCGAGAGGGCAAGAUUGGCUUAUCUUUACAUUUGUUUUCUUUAGAAAAUCUAAUUACUGUUCUUUAAUCGACUUCAAAUUUAGUGCAAUUAUGUAACUUGCUCAAUUGACCCUCCUAUUAAGCACAUUCCUAAAACCGCCCGGCUUACUGGUCCCCAAGGAAGGAGUCAUAUGUGAUUUUUUAUAAUGCUGGUGUUGAAUACUACCUUUAAAUUCUGUCCUUUCCAUACAGGACCUCCAGGACCUCCCCAAUACCUCGAGACAUUUAACACAAGUUACAACUACAUACGUAUUAAGUGGGAACCACCCCUCGAAUUCUUUGAUGAACCAAUGAGCGGCUACAUUGUAAAAGUGACAAACUUUGGGGACCCAGGUGCGGUGGUACGAUUGGUAUACUCCAGCUGCCAGACAGGAGGAAUUGAUAUUACAGACCUCGAAGAAAAAUUAGCGUACUGUGUUUAUGUGACAACAUUUAAUGAAUAUGGAAAAUCGAACAGCAGUUCGUGUUUGCCAGUAUUCACUGGAGAGAAAGGUUGGUUUCUUUUAUUGAUAUUGAUUGACUGAUUGAUUGGUUGAUUGAUUGAUUGGUUGAUUUACUCUCCAUGAAAUUAGUGCAACUGAGAAAGAAAAAUGACGAUAGUAGCCGCAGCCUUCAGCGGAUAAAAAUAAGCUUCCCGGAGAUGUGUGUAAUGAAUUUCGUUUUAUUAUUCUGCAUUCAAAACAUUUUCAAACUCAAAAUCAUUUCCACAUAUAAUUUCUUCAAAACAUUUUCCCGAUCCUGGGCAGUUUCUUAAUAAGAAAGCAUGCUUCUUGGGCUGCCUGUGGUGGCAGAGCCGCAAAUAUAGGUGUGAGUAGCUUGUAUGACGAAAAAAGAAGGAGGAAGUUGCGGGGGGAGGCGUGUCCGAUAUAAUCAAAUUGACUUGGAACAAAAACAAAAUUCCGGCGUGAAGUUACAACUAAAUUUCACAGUCAUUCGAAUUCAGUAUACCCCCGUGACUUCAAUUCAGUGACCACAAAAUAAAAGAUUGAAUUAAAUUAAAAAUUUAAUGUGACUAUAGUACAAAUAAAAGUUUCAGUUUUCUGGCCUUAGCAAGCCAUUUGUCUCUUCAAUGCCUUUGAAAGGGGAAACAGAAGCACAUUUUGCACAAAGAAUAUUUUUGCAGAAUUUUGUCUCUUAGCAUGCUCAAAAAACAUGCACUCAUUGAAAUAUUUGUCAUUUUUCCAACUACAUGUAUUAUAAUGUUUUCAAGCGCUUAUGAGUUAAAGCCACGUUUGAAUAUUCAAAUCCUUGAUUACAUUUUUGGCCUCAUGAAACAUAUGCUUGUCACUAUCUGAUGAGCCCGAUAUACCGAACAGUUUCGGAGACUGAAUUAUUUUUGAAAAAUCCCAAUUUUUACAAAGAAUGUGUGAGCUUAUUGUCGUUUUUGCCACUAGCAAUUUCGCAGUUUUUGAUUGCUGCUAUUUGCUUUGUUAUUGGUUGAAAAGAGCUGAAACCCGCACAAAUUGCUCAAAUUAACCAGCUCUCUCUGAAUAAUUUGUAUUUACGGCGAGGUGUUCUAUGGUUUAGCUCUACGUAUGCUAAUAAGCAAAACAAUGACGUCAGCAAGGAUUCGGUUAUUAGCCAUUUCCAUAUAGGCCGUAAUGCACCUUAUUUACCCCCUCAUAUUUUGCACAUCCAUUCUCUUCGAUUUCUCUUAGGACGACUGUAAUACACAGGAGAAAUUGGAAGCAAUAAUGGUUAUGCAAAAUGGGGGAGGGGGGACGGGUUUAAACAAGGUACAUUUUAGUCCAUGUCAAAAUGGUGAAUAAAAGCUUACCUGAUCUUUGACAUGUCAUGUGUUGUGUAAGUCCCAAUUCAAAUGAAAAAAUGAUCCGGCUCUAACACACCGUCCACUAUUUAAACCUCAUUGUUGCCACUUGGUCCCUCCCAUGAUUGGUUGUAAACUCAUGUAAAAGACACGUAUAAUACGCAUUGAAAUUCUAAAUUGGCCCAAAGCACUAAAGCAUUUUUUUUCAGUUCAGUCAUAAAACAGGGGCAACAAAGACUGUUUUCUGUAAAAUAUCUGUCCGGAGAAGCAAAUAUUACCUAGAAUUUUCUAUUAGUUGACGUUUCAUUCAUGCACAAUUUCCGAAGCUUAUCUAAUAAAUUCCCUACGAUUUUCUGAACUUUAAUUUUUCACAUUUCGCUCCCUAGGUUAGGCUAUUUCUCGUAGACAAAAGGAAACCUAAAUCAAAAAUACAAUAAAGAGAGAAAUCAGAAAAAUUCUCACUUUCGUAAUACGUUAAAUUGCCUUUAAAAUUUUCGAGAAAAUAAUGCUGAAGCCCUUCUUGGAAUUCCGAAAAAACUUAAAUUUUCCUAAGAUGACCGAACAGAUGCAAAUCUUAUAGCGGCACUUAGAAUGCAUUUCUGGAGACCUACACGUACUCUGGAUAGCCUAAAAAAAGUUUAGAAGGAGACCUUCGUAGGUUGCCCUGCUAAAAAGAGGAAUUGCAGGAUGAUUUUGAAUUAGGACCUUGGCGAUUAGAAAGUAAAGAAAUGAAUGACUGAAAAUAUUCAAAUACCGUUUCAGAAUUCCAUUUGUAUCUCCAAUCUUUUAUCUUUCUAUAGUAAGAGUGGAGUUUACCGCAUUGAACCAGAGCUCAACGUCUCGCGAGGUGGAGUGGAACACAACUUUACCAGCUUUUCUUACAUAUGGCGAUGAAAAGAGAGGAUUUAAAAUAGAUUUUCAAAGAGCGAGAGAUAAGGAAGUUAAAAGUAUACUAGUCUGCAACAGUUCCAGUUAUCUAUUUACCGAUCUGAUGGUAUUCACAAACUAUUGUUCAAGCGUGGUGUCUUUCAACAAUGACAAAAUUGACACGAAAGUGGAUAAUUUCAAAUGCGUGUUCACGGACGAAGAAGGUAAUAAUAACAUCUGUGUUCGUCCGUGUUUUGUUUGCGAUCCCCUUAUGUUUACAGGCUCAUGUAUAUAUACGAAACAUGUUCAGAUACAGUCAGUCAUUUUCAUGUUCAUUGGUGAAAAAAAUUGAAUUGAGUAUUUCUUAACCUUUAAAGAUUAAUAUAGAGUAGUAUCUGUCUAGUAUAAGAAUAGAUAAUUAAAAAUGGUUUACAUGGAGGUGGGCGACCCCAAGUAGGUGAGGUACCCCCCUUUGGUGGGGUAGCCCGCCUGGCUUACAACAGGGUCUCAAUGGGGUUAACCGAUAGGCGUAAAACGGCCAAAAAUUUAGUCGAUAGCCGUAAAAAUGGAAAAAUUUUACCCAUAGGGUAAAAAAGUUAACCGUAAAAGAAAUUGUUUCUUAGAUUUGUGUUAAACUCACUUAUGACCGGUUGCGUCUCUUACUUCGCGGCUUCUUAAACUCCUUACGCACGUAAGGCCUUUUCAGGAUUCACAGGAGUCUUACUUGACUUCACUUGGCCUGUGUUUUGUACGACGAGUUGACAGCUCCUUCUUUUUAGAUCUCCAAUUUCGCCAUGCAGUGUUCGCAUGAGUAGUCUCCUUUGCAGCCGUUUUUUGGCUCGUAAGAACGGCUGCGAAAGUGACUAACAUAUGACUUAAUCGAUGUCAGUAUUGAAAGCUGUUGUUAGUAUUUUUCCAACGGGUGAAAAAAGGUCAAUCGAAACACCCUCCCGCAACGCGAGACAUUAGGAGCAUUGGACACUUUCAACAUUCAAGAAAAACGUUAUUGUUUUCUUUAUCUAAACGAGCAAGCCAGGAAAUUUGGUCUAAAAACUGUAAAGCCUCGCCAAAAUCAGCGGCAAAACAGAAAAUUAUUCUUUAUCGACCCAGCAGCAGCUAAAUCUGAAACUACCCCUGUUGUUGUUGGAAGCCAGCUGGAAAGUAAGUACCUUUAAAUUCAGUAUUGAAUUCUAUACUAAGAUACCGCGUGGUAUAAAGUUUUUGUGAGAGUUUUAUCUUGACGAUGGCAAAAUAAAACUUCCGUAGAAACGUGUUUGCAAGAACUAAUUUUUUCCUUAGUGAAAAUCUGAUUUUUUUUUGUUGGGGAUUAAUAUUUGCC